AGUUUGCUAUAGCAACAUACCCCCGACGACGUAAACAAAUCAACAACUGCAAGAAAUUUUCACCAGCUCAGCACUUCCACGCGAACAGCUGUGUCAGUUCACAACGCGUUAUGCAAAGCCAUUGCACGUCAUGUCGCUCUUCAACGUUUGCAACUGGUGGCACACACAGUGCUCCGAUCUGGAGGAGAACUACGAUGUGGCCAGUUUGCUGUGCGCCCGCUUUGGACUCGAUGACAAUGAAAAGGAUUAUGUGGUGGUCGGUUCGCAUAGCGGUAAUUUGAGCAUUUUCAAUCCGCGUUUGGAACAAAAUCGGCGCAUAGAAGAUGGCAAUGCCUUUAGACCGACGGAUUUGUUGUUGGAGGUGAAUCUGAAGCAGCCCAUAUUGGGCAUAUAUGCGGGACGUUUCAGUGGUGGUCAAAUGGCCGAUGAGAAGCAGAAUCAACUCGCUGUGCUGCAUCCACGUUCGGUGGUCAUAUACAAGUUAAACGCUAUUGGUGGUGUCGCCGAACAUGGCGCACAAUUGCGUCUGCAAUCCUUAGCCGACUAUAAACUGAAGCGUGGCGCUUUGGCUUUAACGAAGGGCUCAUUUGGGCGCGUCAAAGGACGUGAGUUCUUCUGCAUUACCCACUUGGAUGGCACGUUGACCUUUCACGAACAGGAUGGCAUUUUGUAUGAGUGCCAACUACCGGGCAAUCGUGCGCUGCCAGUACCGGUGGUCUAUUGCGAACGCACCGAUAGUUUUUUUCGUUUUACAGCGGGUUGGAAUUUAGAGUGCUUCACCUAUCAAGAUCUUUCUCACUCCUCGCUCAAUCGUUCUGAGUUCAAGCCGUCGUGGUCGGUGUGUAUUGGUGAAGGUAUUGUGGAUAUGUGUGUGAUCCAGGCGAAGUCCAACUCCGCUUCGAUUAUGGUUUUGGGCGAGCGCAAUUUCAUUUCUUUAACCGAUGAUGGUCUUGUGGACUUCAUACUGAAGCUGGAUUAUACACCAAGCUGCUUUUACUCGUUUGUAGUCGGCUAUUACUGGGAGCCCGGCGCACGCUUAAUCACCGCUAUCGCUUCCGACACGGGGAAACUCUUCAUUUACGAAGGUGCUAACAUCAUUUGGGCUGCUCAAUACAAGGACGAUCCACCCGUUGCAAUACAACGUUCCAAUUUGUAUGGAUUACCUGGCGGUAUAGUUGCACUCGGUUCCACUGGCCAAUUGCGUAUUGGCUAUCUCGGCUCCGAGCCAUUUGUCUUCAAAGUACCAUCGGUCAAUAUGGAAGAUCUGAGUUUUACAGAGGCGCACAAGGAGUUGCAACAGUUGGAGGAAGAAAUCAAAGCGGCGGUCGAUGUGACAGACAUGGCAGAUAUAGACAAACGUGCCGAGGAAGAUGUGCGCAUACAAUUUACCAUCAACGCUGAAACUAGUGAAGAUGCAGACGUACUGCUAUUAGACGUACCAGCACAUGUGGCUGUCAAGGAGCUGCCCGCCUGUUCGGGCAUACUAAAGUUGAGAUGCAAGAUUGAAUUGGCUGAGUUACAAGUUGUUUUUAACACAGCCGAGGGUAUACGUUGUAGUCAGGAUACGCUUACCUAUGUGGACAUGACGUCCGGUCAGGUGGAGACGUUGGAUUUGGAGUUCUAUGUGGAUGACUUGUUGCAUGUGCAUACAGCGCGUGUAGACGUGAUAAUUUCUUUCAUUAGUGUUAAAGGCAUACCACGCGUCUUGCAACAGUCCGCUUAUUUACCGUUGAGCAUGUUUUACAAAACGCGCCAGCCGCAGAAGUCCGCUGGCAUAAAACUAACCUAUACUAUUAUGUCGAAGUCAUUGACACCCAAAUUAUUUACAUUCUUUCCUGAGUUCGUAACUGGGGAAAGCGAAUCUCAUGCGCUGGGUCUGCUACUGCUCUGCCCUGGUGAUGAGAAAUGUGAAGAGGUUGUGACUAUUGUUCUAGCAAAGAACUCGAAUCGUAUAAGAAUACAAUCAGAUACUUUGGAAACAUUGCCAAUUAUAUUGGAACGCAUAAUGCGAGUGGCUUUGGAGCAUGCCCAAGAGUCCAUACCUUCGAAAGGAAAGCGUGUAAAAAAUGCCAUAAAUACCAGAGUGAAAACGAUAAUGGCCAAUCCAGUGCUGCCCAUUCAUGCAAUUUUAAGUAAAAUUGAUCUGCAUCGUGAGACGCAAGAGAAUAUACACAAACAAACGCUGGAACUUGAUAAAUUGUUGCAACAAUUUAAGACAUUGCAACGUAAGCUGCAAGAUCAGCCUGAAGAUGAAUCUAAGGAAACUUUGGUUAUACAAAUAGAGGAGAACUACGAUCAUCUGAUUGCGGAAGGUGAUAAGCUAAUGGAAAUACGAAAGUUAGAAAAGAUUCAACGUUGUGAUCUAACUUGCGCUAUUUUUGUGGCCACCUCUCUUAUUGGCGCACUACGCAUGGAGGAGAAAUUAGUGAAUGUUAUUUGUUCAGUGCUUUGCACGCCGAUCGAAGAUUGGACGGAGCUGAGUUGGGAGGAAUCAAUGUCGCCCGGCAUCGAUAUGCUCUAUCAUUAUGGUCCCCUAAAUCGUGUGAAGAAUAGUGAGGGCAUAAAUGCUAUCGAAACCAAUGUGACGCAUGAAAAUUUCGAUUAUAAUCGAUUUAGACGCCACAUACUCUCCAUAUUGGAACGCAUACAACGCAUUGCUACUGCGGAAGAAGCGACCGCCGACAAAACCGCGACAUCUGCGGUAGAUGAACGCGCACAGACGAAAGAAAUGGAUAUCAGUGGACUUAGUGAAUUGCUUGAAGUACUGCCCAGCGAACAGGGUUUAACUAAAAUCCGUAUGGUAAGACGUAGCACAUUGGAGGCGGUAGAGGAUGAUGAAGAAGAAGAUGAGGAUGAUUUACGCAAAGUUGGCUAUAAAAAGGAGUAUGGUAAUCAACAGAAUAAGUCGGGUGAGAAUUCCGAAUGGGUAAAUGAAAAUUAUGAGUUGCCUACAUCAGAAGAAUUAUUCAGUGAUUUGGGUAUUUGGUGGUAGAGAGCUUACGGCCGCGUUUUUAUUCUUUUUAUGAGCAGAGUUUGAUGAGUCAGUGUUAAAAAAAUAUAUUAAAGAUAUAUCUAUAUAUGUCGAGGUUAUUUGAAAGAAAUCGAAUGGGAUCAUCUUGAAACUUUUCUCUCUUUUGUCCCAUCCAUAUACUAUCUGGAAUAAAAUGUAAACACCUUAAACAAUUUGUGUUAGGUUCUAAUUACUUUGUUGACACAUUAGGUCGAACUUCAGAAGCUUUUUGGCUGCGCAAAAGACUUUUCUGUAACCAUGAUAGUUCAGUAGAUUUAUAAGGCCUACGCUGGUAAGGACCACCGACUAGAACCGCUCUUAAAGUGUUUUCUACGGUUACAAUUUAUAAUGCAGUGUGAAUUGUUCUCUUUUGGUGGACAUCAAAAAGAUCAAAUAGUGAGUCACUUGGCUUUCGUUAGUGUAUAGAACUGAGAAACGAAGUUGCAACGAGCAUGCUGAGGACUGUCACACUAGUGUUGGUGGAAUUCAAGAUUGCGUCUCGACCUCCACAGAAUUUGACCGGGAAUGGAUUUUUUGGCAACAGAAGAAUUAACCAUUUAACAUUCAGAGUCUUCUAGUUUUUUCCAAUUUUCCCGAAGCCUUCAAGAGGUUCACGACAAAUCUAUAUUUAAGCACCAAAAAUUUCCUCAUCGAUUUGGAUAGACAUCGUCGGAGCUGCCAACAUCAUACCCAAGUGGGUGAGCUCCCUACCGCCCAUUUUUUUGGCGAAAACAGUUACGUUCGUUCUUUCAAAAGAUCACUGACUUAUCAAACUGCUCUUAUAUUUAUGAUUUCUACUGUUAGUAUUGAUCAGAAAUUGUAACCGCGCUUUCAAUAAAUAUAUAAUAAUUAA